GACGGCCCGAGCGCGAGCCUGACGGCGCCAAACGGAUCAUCUCAGAGGCGGCUGAUCGAGAGCGUAUCGCUGUGUAAUCCCGACAAAAACGGAAAGUUGAGUCUGGAGGCGCACGGCACCGGGACGGCGCUCGGUGAUCCCAUCGAGGUACGUUACUAUUUCUAGUCAAUUCUAUAACAAUUGGCGUUUGUAGGUGGGAGCUGCUGUUCGCGCUCUUUGCUCCGAAUCAACGCAUGUACAGUGCACAUCUCUGAAGUCGAACCUGGGCCACCUGGAGGCGGCCGCGGCGGCUGCGGGCCUGUCAUCGCUGAUCGUCGGGCCUCUGUUGGCGGGAUCUGUCGCCAUCAACGCGCAGCUACGCGGGUACGUUCUUAGCUCGUGUUUAUUAUAAUUCUGACAUCCUUAUUUUAGGCUGAACGUGCAUUUGUCAUCAAUUGUGGCGUCGAAGUCGUUCCAGAUGCCCGUCGAAGUUCUGCCUCGCACUACGUACACCUAGCGGACGUCACGACUGAGUUCGUUUGGCUUCAGCGGGACCAUAGCGCAUGGCGCGUUUGGAGCUAAGAGCUCAGUAGCUUCACUCAGCACUGGAGUGUCCAAGUCUCUGUACCGUGGUCGGCGCAAUUCCACUAGUAGUAGCGAUCUUCAGUGGCGCUUGACCUUGCGAACAGAAGCACCUAGGCAGUCGAUUGUUGCUGACCUAGACGAAAUUUCCACAGGAGUACUCUCACCCUCAGCAGAGGCGCUCUUUGCAGACCACGUCGUUGGCAGCAGCAUUCUGCUCCCGGGCGUCGGCUAUUUAGAGAUAACCUUUAUCGCCAAUCUUGGUCGGUAUUCUGCGUUCACAAGCAUCGCAUUCAUGCGACCUUGCUAGCUGCCGCAACCUGGAACAAAUGAGAAAUGUGUGUUGCGGUGCACUCGACAAGGCGGGGGGACCUUCGAGAUUGCAAGCUGGAGGGGUGUGGGAUCAUCAAUAGAAUCCAGGUUUACGACUCACUUCAUGGCAACACCAGCAGUAAACAUCGAAUCAGACCUUAAAGCAACCAAGACAAAAAUCUCGCAAAGACACUACCUGAAUCAAUGUGUUGAUGCGCCCCUCCUGAAGCUGAAGCCUAUUUUGUCCAGCUGCUGGCAAGUAUCUGCCGUCUCCAAUCAGCCCGAGACAUGCACUAAAAAGACCCAUCUGCCCAAAGCUGGCCGAGGACAUGUGUCGCGGCACGCCUCUUCCCUUGCGGUGCCACAAGAGGACAGCAUGUGUGGUGAUGGGCCUACCACGCAAGAAAGGGGGAGCUCUUUUUAGGAUUCCUCGCCUUCGCACAUAUCACGGCAUGCAUCCUCCCUGGAAGUCCCGUAAGAGGAUAGCAUGUGUGGCGAUGGACCUACUGUGGUGAGCAUGCCUGAAGGGCAGACACGGAAUGCUUACAUGCCGCCUACACGGAGAGUGACGGUGAACAAGGGCUCAAUUGAGAUUAACUUUGGACUGUCUGGUGUUGAUGUUGUUUUGCUUCACCGAGCUUCUAGCUAGACUCGUGUGCCAUUAGGCAAACCAAAACACGGGUUUGGUUUGAAAUCAUGGACCAAGAAAGCAAAGAAAAUGUUACUUUGCUCGAGAUCCCGAGAUAAUGGGAAUCUAUAGUCAAAUAUGUGCAGCUUAAGUCUCAACUACUCUCUGCACGGCAAGGUGAAUAAAUGUGAAGCUACGUAUCUGCUGCAACAUGGUCAAUCCCCUUAUGUCGCAUUAUUCUCGAGUUUGCGUGAACAAAAAGCAACAAAACCGCUUUCUAGUGCGAGCUUCCAAGAAACGCUCUUGGUUCCCGUUGGACUAGUGAAGUCACCAGAUGCCGACAGAAAGUCUCGACCCAAGUCUGAUAUACCACGAAACGUACCUAAAUCCACAUAGCCGGCAAAGGCCAAUAGCAGCGCUCGCUCGCAAAAAGCCCUGCUCGACGAGCUCACCGCCAUCGCCGCCGAGGUCACGGGUGCGACCAUUGCAGCCGACGCGCCCCUCAUGUCUGCCGGACUCGAUUCUAUCGCAGCCGUAGAAUUAUCUACGCGAAUGAGCGAGCGUCUCAACACGGAGCUGCCCUCGACGCUGCUCUUCGACCACCCGUCGUUGCGGUCCAUCGCCGACUCGCUGUCGGUUUAUGACGAGGCGGAGGAAGUUUUAGAGCCCAAGUUUGAGACUGCGCAAGAGCCAAGAUAUUUGAUGCAACGACCACAGAGAGCCAAGGCCCAAAGCACAACGGCCGUCGUCGAAACCAUCUCGAGCACGCUCUCGGAUAUCCUUGGGACGAGAGUCGCCACAGACGCGCCGCUCAUGUCCGUCGGACUGGAUUCAAUCGCGGCGACGGAGCUCACGAACGCGCUCGCCGAGCGCUUCGACACGGAAUUGCCGCAGACACUCAUGUUCGACCACCCGACGAUCGAUGCGAUGGCGAGCUUCAUUGCGGAGACCACGGAAAUGUCGGUCGCUGCGGUGACCGUCGAACGAGAGGCAAUGCCAACCACAACAAUGGCGAUGGCCGUGAUGACCUCCCGACAGGACGCCCCGGACCGAGUCUUCCUCGCCUCACGGCAGAUCCGCUGCACGAUACCGGGAGGCUGCCAUGAUCCUCCCGCAUUGAAGGAGCUCGGGCUUCGAGCUUGGACGGCCAACUCCCACUGGCCAGUCUCUCGCCUGGCGGCGGUCGAACUGCAAGGCACUUCUGCGGCGUACGGCGCUUUCUUAGCACCUGACGCAUUCGCAGCGGACGCUGCGUUCUUCGGCAUCUCCCGGACGGAAGCGCGGGCCAUGGACCCGAUGGCGAUGCUGGUCCUCGCGACGACCUACGGCGCGCUCAGCGACUCGAGCUCGAAUGCUCGCGCCAAGCUCGCCAACGCGCCCAUUGGAUUCUUCCUCGGCGCCGGUGGGAUCAUCAGUGGCACAGGUGGCGGGACUGCAUCACCACCAGGAGCCAAGAGGGCUCCUUCGGUGUACUCGGCGACCUCCGGCGCUCUGUCGGUGCUGUCGGGCCGCCUCUCGUACACGCUGGGCCUGACGGGCCCGUGCCAGACAACUGACACGGCCUGCUCGUCGUCGCUCGUGGCGGCGCACCAGGCGGUCUCGGCCCUGAAGCUCGGCGAGAGCCCCGCGGCGGCGGUUGCGGGAGUCAUGGUGCUAACAGUCCCUGUUUCUGUGGCGUUCUCGGCGGCGGGUAUGCUCUCGGCGCUCGGGCGAUGCCACACGUUCGACCGACGCGCCGACGGGUACUGUAGGGGCGAGGGAUGCGGGGCGUUCUACUUCUCGACCGAAGCCGACGACGUCGCGGUGUCCGGGACGGCGGUGCAGCAGGACGGGCCGAGCGCGAGCCUCACGGCGCCGAACGGAUCGUCGCAGCAGCGGCUCAUCGAAGCGGUAGAAGCUGGGAAUGGACCGUCGCUGGAGGCGCACGGCACGGGCACGGCGCUCGGGGAUCCCAUCGAGGUGCGUGCUUACUUCUUUACUUUUCUAUUAAGAUUUUUGUGUCAUUUAGGUGGGCGCCGCGACGCGGGCUCUAUGCAAAGGGAGAGAACGUGGAAGCGCAGCGAUCCAGUGCACGUCUCUGAAGUCGAACAUGGGCCACUUGGAGCCGGCGGCAGCGGCUGCGGGCCUGGCCUCGCUGGUAGUAGGGCCUUUGAUGGCUUCUGUUGUUGCUGUUAAUGCCCAGCUGCGAGGGUAUGUCUCCUGUGUUAUACAUAUAUAUUGUCCAUCAUAUUCCCAUGUAGGCUGAACGCGCAUCUGUCGUCGAUCGUGUCGUCGAAGCCGUUCCAGAUGCCUGUUGACGUAGCUCCACGUACCACAGCUCUCAGCGGUUCGCGACUGAGUUCGUUUGGAUUUAGUGGAACCAUCGCCCACGGCGCGUUCGAAGCUCGGAAGACAAUAGUAUCAAUGAGCAAUGAUUCGAAGUCGCUCUACCGUGGUCGCCGAUUUAUCACCUCUAGCGAGACGACACGGCUGGACUGGCUGCUCGAAGCGCCUGGGCCGCAGGAGCCUCGACCGGACGAGGCUGUCGUGUUCUCGGGGGCGCUGUCGCCCUCGGCACUACUCCUCUUCUCGCACCACGUGGUCGGUGGCACCAUCAUAUUGCCGGGCGUCGGGUACGUCGAGAUGGCGUUCGCCGCCAGCUCCAGUCGAGCGCUCACAGCCGUCGCGUUCCUGAGGCCGUGCGUGCUGCCCGAACCUGGUCGAGGCGAGAAGUGCGUGUUGCGAUGUAGGCGGCGGGCUACCGGAGCGCUGGAGAUUGCGAGUGGACACUCUGAAAACGAUGGGUCAUUUGUGGUGCAUUUUAUUGGAUCGCAAGAUAGCACACACGAUGCGGUAUCCCUCAAGAGCACCAAUAUGCUCACGACAACCAAGGAUAGGCACGAGUUCCUGAGAACUGAGGGUAAAUCUAAAGAUGAACCAGGUACGUUUGAGUACCGCGACUUCGGAUCAGGCCAGAAGCGAAUUGGCCUGCCUGUGUACGAGGCCGUGACGUCCUGGUCAGAUGAGGUCGCUCAAACGCAGGAAAUGGAGUCCUUGGUGCCUCAGCAUGUAGCCACAAAUAAGCUAUUUAGAUUGUCUUGGUCACACGGGGAGAUUGAGGAACAUUCACAAUCAUGUCAGUCAUCUUCCGAGAUAGUCGUUCAAUUGCUAAGUAUAUCACAAAGUCCCGACACUGUUGUGAUUGUCCAGCAUGAAGGAAACUAUGCAAGCAUCCGUAGUUUAAGGGAAGGUAAGUUUGAUGGACGACCUCCCUCAAUAGUGGGCAGUCUGACGCCAAUGGGACGUUGCUCGCCUCUUGUACCCACAAGCAAACCAAUGCACGUCGUGGAAAGCUACGAGGCAAUGAAUAGGUCUGUGGUACAGAAAAAUGUUAAAGCAACUAACAAGCGAACCAGCGCCCUAGGGCGUGCGCGGUCAAAGAAAAUUGACGUGGCCGGCGUUGUCGAGAAAACUGUCAAGACGCUCCUCGGAACAGACGUUCCGGACGACGCACCGCUCAUGGGCGCUGGCCUCGACUCGCUUUCCGCCGUCGACCUCGUGCAGACGCUCGGCCAAGAGCUCGGCACCGAGCUAGAGCCGACUGCAUUGUUCGAUUACCCAACUAUCGGAAGCCUCAGUAAGUACCUCACCGCAGAGAUAGAACCUGUAGAUGUUACAGUGCCUCCGUCAUCACCGGCAGCUUCUACCAAGCCACGGAUGAAAGUCGUCGAUGUGUCCGGCGUCGUCCAGAAAACUGUGGAAGAGCUCCUCGGAACAGUCGUCCCGAACGACGCGCCACUCAUGGGCGCUGGUCUCGACUCUCUCUCUGCCGUGGACCUUGUUCAGACGCUGGGCCAAAGGCUGGACACAGAACUGGAGCCGACGGCGCUGUUCGACUACCCUACGAUUGUGAGUCUUAGCAAGUACCUUGACGAGCAGAUGGAGCCUGAGAUCGAACCAGCACAAAAAAACACCAUGUCGAUCCCUUCUCAACUAGAAGCCGAAGACAAGGCAAUACAGGAAUGCUUUGUCGUGGCUACCGCGAUGUGCCUCCCAACAGUAGAAUGCAGCUUCACGAACGGUGACCUCCACGGCCUGUCGCACGGUAGAUAUGAGACCGCUACGCACGUACCCGCGACGCGCUGGAACAUGGACUCGAUCGACACGCGCCGCUUCUCGGCCGACGCGCGCAGUCGCGUGCGGUACGGCUCGUUCCUGCAGAGCGACUUCUCCAUGUUCGACAACACCAUGUUCCGCAUCUCUCCGGCCGAGGCGCGGCCGCUGGAGCCGCAGCAGCGCAUGUUGCUCGAAGUGGGCUAUGAGGCGCUCCAUCGGCAAGGACAAAACCGCUCGACGCUGGUAGACUCGGACACGGGCAUCUUCACGGGCAUGAUGAACAUGGACGCCCAGUACUUCGUGCCAAGCGUGCCGGGUCCCUACGACAUGACUGGUAUCACCUACUCGGCGGCCGGCGCGCGCCUGUCGUACGUGUUCGCGAUGCGCGGCCCGUGCAUGGUGUUUGACACGGCCUGCUCGUCGAGCCUGAUCGCCAUGCAUGCCGCGAGGCGUAGCAUGCAACAUAACGAGUGCCCACUCGCUCUUACUAUUGGGCCGAACGCAAUACUGCACCCCAGCGCUCACGUGGGCCCGGCGCUGACGGGCAUGACGUCGAUUCGCGGACGGUGCCACACCUUUGACGCGCGAGCGGACGGCUACCUGCGUGGCGAAGGCUGUGGGGCGGUGGUGCUCGAGACUGAGCAACGUGGCAACCAUGUCUCGUGUCUAGGCUCGUCGGCCCGGCACAACGGACAGAGCGCGACGUUCACGGCACUAAACGGGCUAUCACAGCAGCUGUUGAUCAAGGCCGCGCUGAGCGAUGCCUCGACCACGAUAGGAACCGUGAUGGAAGCCCACGGCACCGGAACAGGCCUCGGUGAUCCGAUCGAGAUCAGUUCAAUCUCGGCGAUCGUCAAGAAGAGUGGCCACAAGUCCUGCUCCGUCUGCGCCAUAAAGGGGAACGUCGGCCAUACGGAGUCGACCGCCGGCGUGGCGAACGUCAUCGAAGUGAUCGGGUUGCUGAAGCUAGGAGAGAUGGCGCUCAACGUGCAGCUCCGCACGCUUAACCCACAAGUCCGGCAAGUGCGCGCCGAGGUACUGCAUUCCUCGGUCGAUACCAAUCCGAUGUACAGGGGUAAAACGCAGACGGGCGGCGCGAGUUCCUUUGGGUGGAGCGGCAUCAUCGCCCACGGGGUGUUCCGGUACGAGAGAUCUGGCACAACCAAGUCGGAGGAACGUACCCUCGCGAGUGCUUCGCUCUAUCGGAACAGUUUGCACCUUGUGCGUCGUUCUGAUGACGGGCCCUCGCGGCUGAGGUGGCUUGCGGUUACACCAGAGGUGCGUCAGUCACUGACCAACGAUGCGGUCAUUUUCUCGGGCGCUCUUGCACCCGCGACAGUAGCUUUCCUCUCGCAUCACGUCGUUGGCGGUAGCAUUCUACUUCCAGGCGUCAGUUUCAUCGAGAUGGCAUUUGCUGCCAGUCCUGGCCAUGCUAGUCUCACAGCAAUCGCUUACCUGAGACCGUGCUCGCUUCCAAGUCCCACAGACAGAUCCGGUGAACGGUGCGUGCUGCGAUGUAUGCAACGCGGCGCCGCGCUUGAGAUUGCGAGCCAGAGAAUUGGGGCAAAAUAGGAACCAGGACCAUUUGCGGCAAAUUUUGUCGGGACUCUUGCUAGCCAAAGGACGGUAGAUACUACAACGGAGCGUCUUCAUUCGUCCCGCACGCAUCGCAUACCUGCGCCCCAGCCCUACUCUGGCAGCGGCUUGAUCAAUUUGGGUGUGGCAAGGCAGCACCUUGUUGGAAGCGCACGAUUCAUCAGUAUGAGGAGGUCACAUUAUUCAGGUCAUCAGAUGACCCGUUGUGGCCACGCACGUGCUGCCUGGGACAAAGCUCCGAAACAACCUCGACGGCGCCUCGGAAGAUCUUGCAAGGUCCCACUGAUGUGCGUGCCUCAAGCGUGGAGCACCAAGCCGGCCUACCCUCGCUCAGUAUGCGAUCAGGGUGGUCUAGCCAGCUUCCCUGCGAGCUUCCAGGACUUAGCUCUGGUAACUGCAGGAACGCGUAAGGCCCCAUUGCGAACCACUCAGAGGAAGCAAGCUCGCCCCACAGCUACGUUGCGAAGUGUAAAUAAGCGCAAGGUGGCUCGCAGUACCCGGUCGAGCGCCACCUUGCUGAACGAACUAAAACAUAUCGCUUCCGAGGUCAUCAACAAGGACGUCUCCGUCGACGCGCCCCUUAUGGAGGCAGGGCUCGACUCCAUUAGUGGUACAGAACUCUCAAACAAGAUAAGCGCUCAUCUUAACACAGAGCUUUCCCCGACCCUGCUUUUCGAUCACCCGUCGCUGCGGUCCAUCGCUGAUGCUUUGUCGCUGACCUCUGGCUCGUCACCAACGCAAGGGCCCGAGCCUGAGUAGGAAGUGCCAGCGCAACUUACUGUGGCGCGAGAGGUCCCGAAAAGAGCGAUCUCGCAGACAUCAGGGAACGCCGUACAGAGCAUAGCUGGUAUUGUCAAAAGCUUGCAGACUACCCUGUUGGGAAUUGUAGGAAAGACCGUGGCGGCAGACGCGCCGCUCCUGUCGGCCGGCCUGGAUUCGAUCUCCGGGACAGAGUUUACAAACACAUUGGCCCAGCAAUUCGAGAUAGAGCUGCCGCCGACGCUGAUGUUCGACUAUCCAACAAUUGACUCGAUGGCAGGCUUCAUCGCGGAGGCGGUGCCAACAAUGACGCUAGUCGAAGCGGUGACGGAGUAAAAUGAGCUUAUGCUAAAAUCAGACGACGAGGCUCCAAAAGAUGUCUGGGAUCUGUACUCGGAACUGAAGCAUGAAAAGACAGAUAAAUCGUUCGUGCCAACAGCGGCAAAAUCUGCGAGACAAGCUGCUGUUUUGUUCAGUUUCACAGGUUCUGGCUCUAAACACCUUAUAUCGUGCCUCGGUGCUCACCAGCAUUUGUGCGUUUGCGAAGACCUCUGUCUCAUGCCAUUCAAAACCGUAGUCGAGCGGAACGAGGUCCUAUCUUCCAGGAAAGACAACCUCCAAGAUGGGUUGGUUGACACCGUUACGACUCUGCGUAAUUGCAAAAUGCCCGAUAUAUGUCACCUCUUUGGUACGGUGGCAAGCACAUAUCGUGCACUACAAGAAUGGUGUGCCCCUCGAAUUUUAGUCGACGGAACAGAAGUCUACUCUGCCGUGCCCCAGUGGUCUUUGACCGAAGUGAACAAUGUCUUCCUAGACCCAGACAUUGUGCACUUGCUUCGAAAUCCAAGAGAGUGCUUUGGCGAAGCUCAAGUGUCAUGUGAUAUGGUAGAACUCUAGCAACAGUGGGUGAAAUUCACGAAAUACAUGCUGUAACUUGAAGGGACAGACGUCUUGGAAAUCAGAUACGAGGACCUCAAAUCGGCAGUCCGUGCGAUAACUUCAUGCCUUUCAAUCCCUGCUUAUGAUUUGGUUCUGGAUGAUGCUCAGUAUGAAACGGGAAAUAUAUACGACGGGCCACUCCAAGGUGACACCUGUGCUAUUACUUGGCGCCUUGGCUACAGCCUAUCACGAGAUAACAUGAGAAAAUAUAGUUUUGUAAAUCCAAAAGCAAUACAGGGAGUUGUUCUCUGGCGACGCAAAGGUGACCCAUCGAAACCAGUCGUGGUAUUUCUUAAUGGGGUCUCGGGAUUGGCGGGGGGGGGGGAGCUUCAGUCUCAGCUCCCGGACGAUGUGCCAAUGAUUUCAAUUCAAGCACCUGACUUGACUACCAACGUUUCCAUGAAAAACAUCACGGAACGCGCCGCCUAUUACUUAAGAUGUCUUGUUGUUGAAUUACAUGGUCGCUACCCGUCUAUCCUCCUUGUUGGUUAUUCUGGUGGUGGCCCGCUGGCAUUCGAAAUUGCCCUGCAAGCAAAGACCAGCUCAUUGAAAUGUAAAAUAUGCAUGGUUGACCCAGCCCCUUAUUGUCCUAUGAACAAUAUCGGAUAGAGCUAUUUGAUGCAACGCGCGCAGAAUUACGACCUUUUCUUCGGGUUCCUACUUCGCAAACAGACAAGCUUCAGGCAAGCAGUUUCCCUGAACGAUAUAUCCAGCGUUGGCCAGCUCGAACAAAAUGUACUGUUAGCCGCCCCAUCUGAGCAUCUUGCUUGCGAGCUUUCAAGCAUCGUCGACACUGCAAUAAAACAAACUAUGGAGAUUGCGGCUCGCGAUCUUUCUCCUGAUCGGUAAUAUCUUGGUCCAUGUGCACUCUUGAAAGCUGACCCCGAUUAUUUCAUUGGAGGUGGGAUGAGUGAAGAUGACGUUCACCACCCCGACGGAGUCUACGGAUGGAGUCUUCCCCUCAGCUGCCCUGGCAUGAAAGCGAUACCACUUUCGUGUGACCAUCUGAACAUUUUCAAGGAUGGCGAGGCCUUGAGCCAAGUGACAGCGACAAUCCUAUCUUUACUUAAUACGGAAUCGAUCGGUGAACCACGGCCUCAGAAUUCUGACCCUGAACUACACAGUGCCGAGCAAGUCAACAUCUUGCCAAACAUCAUCACCAAGUACUAGAAGCGGUCUGAUUGAACAUGCUAGGGCCAAGAGCGUAAUGAUUGAGCCGAGUCUGAUAGGCUCCUUAGCGAGUAAAUAAGUAUCUCUAAUAAAUAAACUAAGAAUAGACGACGGGGGGCACGGCGGUUCACAUCACAGCGCCUGGACAAGAUUCGAC